UCUUCUCUCUCCUCACAAACCCUCUCUCUCUCUCUCUUUCACUUUUCCCAACUCUCUCUCUCUCUCUCUCUCUCUCUCUUGAAUUUUGAAAGAUGGCUCAAGAAGAGGUACAGAAAUCAGCUGAUGUGGCCGUUCCGGUGACGAAGAAACCUAUGACUGAUAAGGAAGUUAAUACUAUUCCUACCCCUGUGGCAGAGCAGAAGGAUGCACCUCCUGCCUCGGAUGAGAAGGCGGUUCCGGAGAAGGAGGAGUCUCCGGUGGUGGAAGCGGAGAAAUCUGUUCCAGUGAAGGAAGAAGAGACGGCUGUUGUAGCUGAGAAGGUGAUUGUUCUAACGGCUGAGGAAGUUCAGAAGAAGUCACUUGAAGAGUUCAAGGAGCUUGUCAGGGAGGCUUUGAACAAACGAGAGUUCACUGCUCCCCCGACGCCGGUGAAUGAAGAGAAACCUGAAGAGAAGAAACCAGAGGAGGAAACUAAAACAGAGGAAAAGAAAACAGAGGAAAAGAAAGAAGAGACCUCGACUGAGGUGAAGGCUGAAGAAGAGAAACCUGUGGUUCCAGCGGCGGCUCCGGCAGAGACAAAAACCGAAGAGAAAGCAGCAACUGAAACAACCGAGAAAGCCUCUGGUGCUGACGAAGAUGGAACAAAGACCGUUGAAGCCAUCGAAGAAUCGAUCGUCUCAGUUUCACCACCUGAAUCAGCCGCCGCACCGGUCGUAGAAGAGACCAUAGCCGUCGCCGAGGCUGAGCCAGUUGAGCCAGAAGAAGUCUCGAUCUGGGGAGUCCCACUCCUCCAAGACGAGAGAUCUGACGUGAUCCUCACGAAAUUUCUCCGUGCAAGAGACUUCAAGGUCAAAGAAGCUUUAACUAUGCUCAAAAACACCGUCCAGUGGCGUAAAGAAAACAAGAUCGACGAGCUCGUCGAGUCUGGAGGAGAAGAAGAAGCUAGCGAGUUCGAGAAGAUGGUGUUCGCUCACGGUGUUGACAAAGAAGGACACGCCGUGAUCUACAGCUCCUACGGUGAGUUCCAGAACAAAGAGCUAUUCUCCGACAAGGAGAAGCUUAACAAGUUCCUCAACUGGAGGAUUCAGCUGCAAGAGAAGUGUGUGAGAGCUAUUGACUUCAGCAACCCUGAGGCUAAAUCUUCGUUCGUUUUCGUCAGUGACUUCAGGAACGCUCCAGGACUUGGGAAGAGAGCGUUGUGGCAAUUCAUCAGACGCGCUGUUAAACAAUUCGAAGACAAUUAUCCUGAAUUCGCCGCUAGAGAGCUAUUCAUCAAUGUGCCAUGGUGGUACAUUCCAUACUACAAAACAUUCGGAUCUAUCAUCACAUCGCCAAGGACUAGGAGCAAGAUGGUCCUUGCUGGUCCAUCCAAAUCUGCCGAAACAAUUUUCAAAUACAUAGCUCCUGAACAAGUCCCGGUUAAAUAUGGCGGACUUAGCAAAGAGGUUCCUGCAAACACUGUAGAAACCGUAACCGAGGUCAUCGUUAAACCGGCAGGAAACUACACCAUUGAAUUGCCUGCUUCUGAGGCAUGUACGCUCUCAUGGGAGCUUAGGGUUUUGGGUGCAGACGUGAGCUACGGAGCUCAGUUUGAGCCAACCAUCGAAGGAAGCUAUGCUGUGAUCGUCUCUAAAACCCGGAAGAUUGGGUCAACUGACGAACCGGUGAUAACCGAUUCUUUUAAGGUGGGUGAACCGGGUAAGAUUGUGAUCACAAUCGAUAACCAGACUUCCAAGAAGAAGAAAGUGCUUUACAGGUUCAAAACUCAACCAAAGGUCUGAUCUAUCCAAAUCCAAGGAAGAAGCAAAACAAAAGGAAAAAAAAAAUGUUAUUUUGUUAUUUGGGGAAAACAAAUUUUAAUUUAUUAAUUUAGUUUGUUUAUUUAUUAUGUAAUUUUGAAAUCUCAAGAAGUGGUUGUGUUUUUGCUUUGUUUUGGUAUUGGGGGUUGUUUUUGUGUGUGAAGAAUAUGUGAUUACAGUUCAAAAGAAAAAGAACUCUUUGUUUCGUUAUUUUUUUUUUUCCUUUAACUUUUUUGUUCCUUACUUUCGUUUGUAAAAUCGUGUAAAUCUUAAUGCAUUCAUUACUUUUUUU